GUACUAUUAUGUUUGCCAGCAGACUCAGAUAUCUAGCCAGUAGUGUAGCAACCUCUAGCAAAGGCCUUUCUUGAGUUUGCGAGCUUUUUUCCCCUAUAUAUUUUACCUACUACGACCAUGGAUUAUAAUGAUUCGGGUCGAGGGGGAUGGAAGUCCAAGCCUAUCCAGGCUCAGAAAAAAAAGAUGAACAUGAAUAUUCUCCGCCAAGAGAAGCUAAUAGCUCAGAAGAAGAAGGAGAUUGAGGAAAGAAUGGCAGAACAAGCAAAAAUGAAUGUUCAAGUCAUAAACAAACCUCUGCCUUCAAGUUCUCUUCCCAGUAUUUCCCCAAGCCUCCAAGGAGCCUCUUCAAACAAGUUUGCAAAUGAUGGAAGCUUCUUACAACAGUUCAUGAAGAUGCAAAAGGACAAGUCAGAAAAUGGUUCAGCCACAAAUUCCACUACUCCCUCGACCUCACACCCAUCACCAGGAAACGCACAGCAAAAAAAGAGCGUUCUUGUUGGCAAGAGGCCUGGCCUUGGAGUCAGUAGCAUGCUAAGUCAGUUCAAGAACUAUUCACAAACAAAGAAGACUCCUGUCAUCGGCCAGAGGCCCAGUGUGUUUUGUUCUCCAGAUGAUGAGGAUGAGGAAGAAGAGGUCAAUUACUCCAAAUACUUAGAGAUGAAAGUCUCUCCCCCAGAGGAUUCAGACACUAGACUUAUCAUCGACAAGAUGGCCUCCUUUGUGGCGGAGGGAGGAUCUGAGCUGGAGAGGAAAGCCAGGGAGGACUACAAGGACAAUCCUGUUUUCUCAUUUUUAUAUGAUAAGAGCAGCUUGGAGUAUCUCUACUUCAAAAACAGAGUUGCAGUUUUAAGAAAGGAUUUGGCAAAACCUGAGAUUGCGUCGGAUAAUGUCUCCCCCCCAGUGGACGCGGAAACCCUGCAGAUGGCAGAGAAGUUGGCCAGGUUUGUGUCGGAGGGAGGUCCUGAGGUGGAGGCAAUCGCUGCUGAGCACAACCGAGACAAUCCCGCGUGCAGUUUCUUAUACGACCACCAAAGUCCAGCCUACCACUUCUACAAAGAGAAAGUACAGGAGUACCGUGCUGCAGCCUUGCAGAGCUCUUCGCCACCAGCAGCAGCAGAGUCGGGAACACAGCUUUACCAACCGGCCGCACCCUUAUCAGUAGGAAUCCCCCCAUCACUGAACCCCACCUCUUUACUAAAGACUGAAGUGACAGAAGCUCCACCGGUCAAACGGAAAAGAAAGAGUAGAUGGGGAUCAGAGGAUGACAAAGUAGAGCUGCCACUUCCACCCAUUGUUGUCCCUCCAGAGAUUGUUCAAGAUGCAAACACACCCGCUCUCUCUGUAAAUGAGCUCAAAAGUCUCGGUUAUAAAAAGGGGAAGCCUCUUGGUCUGGUAGGAGUAACAGAACUAUCAGAGGACCAGAAGAAACAACUCAAAGAGCAGCAAGAGAUGCAAGAGAUGUACGAAAUUAUCAUAAAGCAUAAGCGUGCAAUGGCAGAGAUGCAAGUAAUGUGGGAAAAGGCCAUGAGAGACCACCAACAUGAAUAUGACAGUGAUGAAGAGGUGGACCAGGAGUCGGGUACCUGGGAGCAUCGUCUACGAAAAAUGGAAAUGGAGAAGACUCGAGAGUGGGCCGAAUCACUGACAGAAAUGGGAAAAGGCAAACACUUUAUUGGAGACUUUUUGCCCCCAGAUGAGCUGGAGAAGUUCAUGGAGACCUUCAAGGCUCUCAAGGAAGGCCGGGAUCCAGACUAUUCAGAGUAUAAGGAGUUUAAGCUGACAGUGGAAAAUCUUGGUUUCCGAAUGCUCAUGAAGAUGGGCUGGAAGGAGGGCGAAGGUCUCGGCAGUGAAGGACAGGGCAUCAAGGCUCCUGUUAACAAGGGAGUCACUGCAGUUGAUGGAGCUGGGUUUGGAGUCGACCGUCCAGCUGAGCUCACAAAACACGAUGACGAAUACGAUGCAUACAGAAAGAGGAUGAUGCUUGCUUAUCGCUUCAGGCCAAAUCCUCUGAAUAAUCCACGAAGACCAUAUUACUGAUGUGGAGGAUUGUGUUGGUGUAUUCUUUGUUUUUAUCAUAAUUUAAAACCGUUUUCUGCACCCACCACAGCUCUGCCCUGCUGUCAAAUGGACACUGCUGCACAUUAGAAAUUUUAAAAUAUUCCUGUGGAGAUGAGUAGAAAAAUAAAUGCAUUCUCUAUUACAUAUGAAGAUAAAUUUGUUCGAAGAAAUCUAGACUGUUUUCCCUGGCUAAUUGAUCACCUUUUUCCCAUGUUUACUUCAAGGUAAUACUGUAAAAACCUAUAAUGUACACUUCAAUUGCACAAGUCCCAAAAUGAUUUUACUCUUUUUGUAUGUUAGCAUCUGUAUCCACUUCAAAGCUUUCUUCAUGUCUUUACAAAUAAAUACAGUACUGUAUUAUUCUGUUAUCAUUUUUACAAUGUGUUAUUUUCCACAAUGUGAUAUUCUUAAUUUUGACCUCUUUUCAUUACAUGUGCACAAAUAAAAAAAAAGAUUUCC